AUGGGCAGCGCUGGACGGGGGUCUGCAGCCGGAGCUGGUGGACAGCCAUCCCAUAAUAUACUGGAACCUGCUCUGGUAUUUCCGGCGCCUGGGCCUGCCCAGCAACCUGCUGCAGCUGGUGCUGGCCUCCCAGCACCUCCAGCCCGCGCCCCAGGGAACAGCGCUGUCCGGCCUCAGUCCUGGCGCUGCCCCAGCAGCCCCUUCUCGCUGGCGUUCCUGGAGGCCGUGCUGAGCCAUGUGGGGCUGGGCGAGAUGCAUAAGGCCAUCGCCCUCUUCCUGCAGACCCUGGCCGCGGAACCCAGCCCCCCGCACCUGCAGAGGAGCGUUUACCGGGAGAUCCUCUUCCUCAUGCUGGCCGCGCUGGGCAGGGACCAUGUCGACAUUGCUGCCUUCGAUAAGAAGUACAAAGCUGCCUACACCAAGGUGGCCAGCAGCCUGGGCAAGGAAGAGCUGAGCAGGCGGCGGGCGCAGCCGCCCAGCUCCAAGGCCAUCGACUGCCGCCGGAGCUUUGGUGCCACACUGGAGUGCUAGGGCCGGGCCACCGGGGGCAGGGCCCAGGACCUCUCCCCCCAGGAAAGAAUUCGGGGACUGAACCGGGUCUUGUAGGGGGAGCGAGCGGUUCCAUGGUGGGUGGGGCAGGCAGGGCAUAGCUGAUACCAAACCAUGCACCCCUCCCUGGAGUUCUUCUGGGAGUUGGGGGGCAGCGCUUGAUGCCCUCUGAGCCGAGGCAGAGUCAGGUGGGACCUGGAGAGCCCCUAGAGCCCCCUGGCACAUCAGCCAGCCCUGCUUCUAGGGGGCAUCUCUACGCUGGGCCCCACCCUGCGGGCUGGGCAGAGAAGCAGGGGCAGCUGCUGCCCAGGCAUAGGGCAGAGAAGUGGGGGGCUGGUCAGGCAGAGUGGAGAUCCUGCUCUGGGCAUAGCCCACCCAGCCCCUCCUGUGCCGACUGGAGUGGGGCCUUUAGUGGCCCUGCUGCUGGCAACUCUCAGCGGCUGCCCUGUGCUGCAGGGAUGGGAUGGACCCCAGGAACCAUGGGUAUGUCUGGGGGGGUCAGCGCUGCUCAGCCCGGCCGGGCGGCUGCCCCCAGUCCCCGGUGCUGUUUGGAGCCUGGCCGGACACGCAGACGAACGGGUGGGCGUCUGUGCAGCCCGCGGCUUCUUCCUCAGAGCGCUCUCUUUUUUUGGACCUUGUCCCAGGGGGUCCCCCAGGGGCAGUUGGUGGUGUUUUUUUUUUAACGUCUGUGUUAAUAUAUUUUGUAAUUUAUUUAUUCUCCCCUCGGCCGCCGUUAGCUUGUGCUGUAACCGCUGUGCUGGUGCCAUGCGCUCCGGGCCCCACGGCCCCCCAGUGUCUCCUGCUGGAGCAGGUGGGGGACACCCUGGGCUACCGUGGGGCUGGGUCGCUGCGCCCUGCCCUGCUCCCCAGCUCACUCUGUCCUGCACUGGAAGCUGUUUCUCUCCCCACCUGCGGUUGGGAAGGGGGCAGUGUGGGGCACUGAGGGGGACAUGUGGGGGCUCCUCAUGCUCUGGUACCUGUGCCCCCCUUGCUCUGGGGCUCACACUGUGCAAUAUGCCGUCACGCCCCCCCCCCCUUUGUUUCGUUUGGGUUUUUGUUGGGUCUGUAAAUAAAACCGCUUCAGUAUUUUC